AUGAGGUCCAUCGCACUUCGUCUGUUUGCGUUUGUAGCCCUGAUUGUUCUGGCCGCGGCUUGGACUAAAGAAGAUUAUGAAAUCUUCCGUAUCAAUGACGAACUCGCCGCUGCAGAAGGUCCCAAUGUGACAUUCUACGAUUUUCUCGGCGCCAAACCCAACGCCAACCAAGAUGAAUUGAGCAAGGCCUACCGUCAGAAGUCCCGACUUCUGCAUCCUGAUAAAGUCAAGCGGUCCUUCAUCGCCAACAGCUCCAAGGACAAGUCUCGCUCCAAGUCCUCCAAGUCCGGUGUCCAUGUCAACAAUGGUCCUUCGAAGCGCGAAAUCGCCGCGGCCGUGAAGGAGGCUCAUGAGCGCUCCGCUCGCCUCAACACCGUCGCCAAUAUCCUCCGUGGCCCGGGUCGCGAGCGCUACGACCAUUUCCUGAAGAAUGGUUUCCCCAAGUGGAAGGGAACUGGUUACUACUAUUCGCGAUUCCGUCCUGGUCUGGGAUCCGUGCUUAUUGGCUUGUUCCUGGUCUUUGGUGGUGGUGCGCACUACGCUGCUUUGGUGCUGGGCUGGAAGCGCCAGCGGGAGUUCGUCGAUCGUUACAUCCGUCAAGCGAGGAGAGCUGCCUGGGGUGAUGAAUCUGGUGUCCGGGGUAUCCCCGGUCUUGAUGGUGCCUCAGCUCCUGCCCCAACUCCGGCACCGGCUCCGGAGCCCGAACAGAGUGCUAUGCCUAUGAACCGUCGCCAAAAACGCAUGAUGGACAGGGAGAACCGCAAGGAGGGCAAGAAAGGUGGCCGGGCGACAUCCCGGAACUCUGGAACGGCCACGCCCACUUCCGAGCCUCAGACGGAGCCCACCGGGGAGCGGAAGAAGGUGAUUGCUGAGAAUGGGAAGGUACUGAUUGUCGACUCUCUUGGAAAUGUGUUCCUGGAGGAGGAAACAGAAGAUGGCGAGCGUCAGGAAUUCUUGCUCGACGUCGAUGAGAUUCAGCGUCCGACAAUUCGUGACACGAUGGUCUUCCGCUUGCCGGGCUGGAUUUACUCUAAGACGGUUGGCAGGUUGCUCGCUCCAAAUGCGGUGGAUAGCGGUGCUGAGUCAGAGGAGGAGCUUUCCGAAGUCGUGGAGUCGACUGAAGGCACCGCCAGCUCUGCGAGACCUUCCAAGGCAAGGAGGCGGGGAAAGCGGUCUCAGAGAUCGUAA